AUGGCAGACGCGGCAACGGCAAAGGCGCCCUCGCAGCGCCCGCAGCUCACCAGCAGCAUGCGCAGCAGCUCGUACCUCAGCGACCACCAGCAGUACCGCCCGCCGCAGCACCGCAUCCCCGAGGCCCAUCACGGCAUCGACACGCUGGUCGAGGACGCGUCGCCGUCCAAGUCGCCCAAGCUGCCCUUCAACGGCGUGCCGUCGCCCGAGCACCCGCCCGUCGUCGUCGACAGCGGCGUCUCGCACAGCUACUCCCACCCCAACUGCGCGCCCCCCGCCGGCCGCAAGUCCGACCGCCUGAUCGCGACGCUGUUCUACAAGGGCGCCGACCGGAGCGCGCCGGCCAGGAGCACGUCAGGGGGCCUCAGCCGCUCGCGGUCGCCGGCCAGCAAGAACGGCGGGCUGGCCGACAGCACCGAGUCGCUGCCGCCCAACAUGGCGCCCACGACCAGCAUGGACGAGUUCCCGCUGGAGCCGCCCACGCACGAGUCCGCCGAGCCGCAGCUGGACCACCUGUACGGCUCGUACGUGUCGCCGCUGUGCAUCACGUCCUUCCUGCACCUCAUGUCGACGUUUCCGCUGCCCGACGAUGCGGAGGAGCCGCACUCGUCGCAUCGCUGCCUGGACAACCAGGAGAACCCGCGCGUUGUCGAGCUGACGCUGACGCCUGCUCCGUCGCCCAGCUACCUCAGCCUGGCAGACUUGCGAAAACACGAGCUGAUCUACCGGUUCGAGCAGGAGUGGAACGUCGACGUGGCUCUGCAGCGGGACACCUUGUGGAGGAAGCACCCCAGACUGGUCGUCUUUGACAUGGACAGCACUCUCAUCACCCAGGAGGUCAUUGACUUGCUGGCCGAGAACCUCAGCGACCCGCCGGAUCUUGCAGAGCGCGUGGCCAACAUCACGCACCGGGCCAUGAUGGGCGAGCUCAACUUUGAGUCGUCGUUCCGUGAGAGAGUCGCGCUGCUCAAGGGCCUGCCGGCCACCGUCUUCGAGGGCCUCCGGCCAGUUCUCAACGUGACCAAUGGUGUGCGGGAGCUGCUCAAGGCGCUGAAGCGGCUCGGCGUCAAGACGGCCGUUCUCUCUGGCGGAUUUCUGCCCCUGACGGGGUGGUUGGCCAAGGAGCUGGGCAUUGACUACGCGCACGCCAACGAAGUGGUCAUCGAGGACGGCAAGCUCACGGGCGAGGUUAAGGGCAUCAUAGUCGGUAAGGAGCGCAAGCGCGAUCUGCUCGUUGAGAUUGCUCAGAAGGAGGGCAUCGAUCUGUCCCAGGUCAUUGCCGUUGGCGACGGCGCAAACGACUUGCUGAUGAUGGAGAAGGCUGGCCUGGGCGUGGCGUGGAAUGCGAAGCCGACGGUGCAGAUGGAGGCCGACGCGAGGCUGAAUGGGCAGAGCUUGCUGGACUUGCUGUACCUGUUUGGGUUCACGGGCGAGGAGAUUGAUAUGCUGAUUUCGUGA